CAGAGUUGACUUUCACCAAAACGUGGUGGAAUUUGAAAAAACAGCUGUCAAUGUCAAAUUGUGAAUGUUAUCUCAUUCGAUUCGGCAAAAAACGUAACGAUAAAUUUUCGGGAAUUAAGUUUUACUUUAAUCCAUGCAAAAUACAAAAUAUUUACUCACAACCCCCACAACUGCAUAUUUUUACUAUGCCGAAAUAUUGCAAGCGCACAGUUGACACCUGGCAGCGCUCAAAUAUGCGUUCCACUUAUAAAAUUCGCCAACAAUGCCCGCAGCGUUUUUUUACAUUCGUUGAACGGCAAUUUCGAUUUUCAGCGGUUGUCGUCGAUGGCGUUGCGGGUCUUUAUUGGAACGCACCUAUUAUAAUCCCAUCAACAAAUUAUCCAAGAAAUGUAGCAAAAUCGUUACCUGAAGACGUAAAGCCUGGUGUAUACUAUGGAUGGGCAAAAGUAGACACAGAAGCAGUUCAUAAAAUGGUAGUUAAUAUUGGCUGGUGUCCCUUCUAUCAAAAUAAGGAGUUGUCUAUUGAAACCCAUGUAAUGCACGAUUUCGAAAGAGAUUUUUAUGGUGCCAUAUUGAAAAUUUGUGUCGUUGGAUAUUUGAGACCGGAAAAAAACUUUACCUCCCUAGAAAAAUUAAUAGAAACUAUUAAGCAAGACAUUGAAAACGCAAAUGUAGCACUUGAUCUGCCAGAAUCUAUAAAAUUAAAAGAUAAUUCAUUUUUUACUGAUCAAUGACUAAAGAUACUGCAUUUUUAUGUUACUAUUGAAUUUAUUAAAACUUAAUAGUUUAUCUGUUUUAUAAAAUAAAUUUGAUUUUAUUAAAGUAAAAUUAGCAUAUUAAUCUUAAUAAAUUAAUACUUAUUUUACUUAUAUGUUUAAAUAAUUUUAAUAAAAUGUUGCAAUAAAUAUGAUAUCGAUGUGCAGGGAAUUCCAUAAUGUGAUACUUUUAUACAUAAUAUUAUGUAAAUAUAUUAUACAUUUGUAAAUCAA